UUGGUAUCAAAUUGGCUUUUAUUCGCCGAUGAUACCAAUCUAACAUAUGCUGAUGAUGACCUCAAUAAGAUUAUUUCUGUUUUAAACGAUGAUUUAGAAAUUCUACAAAACUUUCUCAACAUGAAUAAGCUUAGCCUUAAUGUAAUGAAAACAAAAUAUAUGUUUGUUGCUUCUCGACAAAGGUUAAGUAAUAUUCCUGAACAACUUGAUAUUUCUAUCUCAGGAAAUGAAAUCAAAAGAGUCAAAUCAUAUCAAUGUUUAGGCUUAGAAUUGGACGAGGGUUUAAUGUGGGAGUUUCAUGUCUCUGCGAUUGUUUCUAAAGUCUCCAAG